CAAUGGAAAAAGAAAAUCAAACAAGUGUUUCUGAAUUUAUUCUUCUGGGCUUCUCCAGUUGGCCAGGGCAGCAGGCGCUCCUCUUUGCACUUUUUCUGUGUCUCUAUUUAACAGGACUAUUUGGAAACAUACUCAUCCUGCUGGCAAUUGGCUCAAACCAUCACCUCCACACACCUAUGUAUUUCUUCCUUGCCAAUCUGUCCUUUGUAGACCUCUGUCUUCCUUCAGCUACAGUCCCCAAGAUGCUACUAAACAUUCAAACACAGACUCAUUCCAUCUCUUAUCCGGGAUGCUUGGUUCAGAUGUACUUCUGUAUGAUGUUUGCCAACAUGGACAAUUUUCUUCUCACAAUGAUGGCAUAUGACCGUUAUGUGGCCAUCUGUCAUCCUUUGCAUUAUUCUACCAUUAUGACCCAGCAUCUCUGUACCUCUCUGGUGACUGUAUCUUGGAUCAUUGCCACUUUAAACCCUCUGUUGCAUACUAUUAUGAUGGCCUGUCUGCACUUCUGCUCUGACAAUAUCAUCCACCAUUUCUUUUGUGAUAUCAGCUAUCUCCUCCCUCUCUCCUGUUCUGAUACCAGUCUUAACCAGUUGAUGGUUUUAGCUGUGGUGGGGCUGAUUUUUGUGGUACCUUCAGUGUGUAUCCUGGCAUCCUAUAUUCUCAUUGUCUCUGCUGUGAUGAAAAUCCCUUCUGUCCAAGGAAAACUCAAGGCUUUCUCCACCUGUGGAUCUCACCUUGCCUUGGUUGUUCUUUUCUAUGGAGCAAUCACAGGGGUCUAUAUGAGCCCAUCCUCCAACCAUUCAACUGACAAAGACUCAGCUGCAUCAGUUAUUUUUAUGGUUGUAGCUCCUGUAUUGAAUCCUUUUAUUUAUAGCCUAAGGAACAAUGAACUGAAGAGGACUUUCAAAAAGACCCUAGGCCAGAGAAAAGUCUUUUCCCAAUGAUUUAGAGUGACUGAAAGGAGU